CUUGAAAUUCGUUUCAUUCGUACAAGUAUAAGGUUACUCAUCAUGAAGUGCAGCACGUUCACAGCAUUUGCGCUUGCACUUAUAGGGUCCGCGUGUGCACAGGUCAAGUCCAAGCGCUACUGCGAUGGAACAACGGGAAUUUGCUACGCUGGCGUGACUACCAGUGGUGUAUUGUUCGGCAUCGCAAUUCCGGAUGUUCAGACAGCCCCGUUUGAUACCGUGCUUCAAAUCACUUCACCUAGUUAUAAUGGCUGGGUAGGCUUCUCGUGGGGUGGAACAAUGCCUUACGUUCCUCUCACAGUGGGUUGGAUGAACAAAAACGCCAACACUACGAUAUAUUCUUCGCGGAUGGCUUUUGGCUUGAGUCUUCCGCAACCAUACGCCGAUGCUGAAUACACUUGUUUGAAAGGCACAGGGUACAAUGCAACACAUUGGGUUCUCAAUGUACGGUGCAGAGGCUGCUCGCAAUGGGAAAACACAGAAGGCACACUGAGCGGACUGGAUCUCACUAGAGAAUCUUUAACAUUUGCACAUGGUUUAGCGACAAAGGCACCGGCUGAACCAGCAAACAAUCGCUCAACCUUUAAUGUUCACAAUUCAUUCGGUCGCUGGAGUGUGGAUCUGAACCACGGGAGAAAUACAGACUUCAACAAGCUCGUCGAAGCCAAUCUCAUUGACGCAAAACCACCCCCCAUCUCGAGCACUCCUGUUCCUACCCCAACCACUACGCCUCCCACAAGCACCCCUCCUACUACACCUGUUCCGACUAAUACUGGCAUCCCAACCUCAUGCGCGAGUGUUUCAGACUUUCACUCGCCACUUAAUACGGCAAGUGGUUGGAAGGCAGUCAAAGUUGCCGGCGACUUGAUACAACCUCGAGGACUUGUCUUUGAUACCGCUGGUCAUCUUCUGGUCGUUCAAAACGGGUUGGGAAUCACCGCGCAUACUAUCGGACCAGACGGCUGCUUUACAUCUACAAGCACAGUGAUCGCGCAGAGGAACGUAAACCAUGGCAUUGUUCUAAGCAAAGAUGGCAAGACGUUGUACGCCAGUUCCGCAACCCAAGUCUUUGCCUGGGACUACGAUGCCAAAACAGCCACUGUAGGCGCUACAUCUCGCAUUGUAAUUUCCGGUAUGGACAACAAAGGCCAUGUCACCCGCACAGUCACCAUUUCUCCAAACCAUCCCGAUCUGCUCAUUGUGUCGCACGGCUCAAACGACAAUUUCGACUACGAAGCGGGCAACAUCAAAACCGGGCGCUCCUGCGUCAAAGCAUUCAACAUCACCAGCGCCCCAACCGAAGGAUACAACUACGCGAGCGGAGGCCACCAGCUGGGUUAUGGUCUGCGAAACGGCGUGGGACUUGCGUUCGACGACAACGGAAUGCUCUGGGAAGUCGAAAACUCCUCCGACGAGAUCCACCGCACAGUCAACGGCACAUCAACAGACAUCCACGCCGACAACCCGGCCGACGAACUAAACUACCUCGGCGACCCCUCUCUCCCAAACACACAAUGGUACGGCUACCCAACCUGCCACACCAUCUGGAACCCCGCCCUCAUCACCGACACUUCCUUCGCCAUCGGCGAUCAGUUCGUCCUCACGCCCAACAACACCUUCAACGACGCCCUGUGCGCUGCGAAAAGCACACCCGCGAAACUCGCGCUGCAGGCUCACUCCGCGCCGCUCGAUGCUGCGUUUAUAGAAAACUCGACGAGCUUGCUGGUUUCGUUCCAUGGGAGCUGGAAUCGUUCGCCGUCGACUGGUUAUAAGAUUGUGCAGAUCCCGUUUGUGGCGGGUGCGGAGGGGUUUGCGCCCCAGGCGAUGGGGAUGCAGGGGAAUGGGACGACGGGGUAUAAAGAGAUUAUGUGGGCGCCGGAUGUGACAAAGUGCUCUACUACUGCUUGUUUUAGACCGGUGUCGUUUGCCAAGGAUGGGUUUGGGAGGUUGUAUGUCAGUAGUGAUAGUGGAGGUGGGGGUGAGAUUUUGAUGCUCGGGAGAGUUUGA